AUUUAUUGACCAAUAAAAAACGCCAUAAACGUGUGAAGUGGUCGAAGUGGCAAGCGUUUUGGCCAAUCACAGUGCUUCAGUGGAGAACGUGAGGGGAGGGCGCGCGACACUGGCUUGACGACUGCACGCAGCGAGUUGCUGCUCAGAAAGAGGGGGGCAGAAGCCGAAUGGUGGAGCUGAAGAUGGCGGAUGGCGACAGUGGGAGUGAGCGCGGUGGAAGUAGUGGAGGAGGAGGAGGCGGCGGCGGCUUUCAGCACUUUCAGCGGGACCAGGAGACCCAGGAGCUGGCGUCUAAGCGCCUCGACAUUCAGAACAAGCGCUUCUAUUUGGAUGUCAAACAGAACAGUAAAGGCAGGUUCAUUAAAAUCGCCGAGGUAGGGGCCGGGGGCUCCAAAAGUCGGUUGACCCUCUCGCUGUCAGUUGCGGCGGAGUUCCGUGACUACCUCGGGGAUUUCAUCGAGCACUACGCCCAGCUGGGGCCUAGCACUCCGGAGCAAAUAGCCCAGGCCACCGCGGGUGAAGAUGGUGGGCCGAGGCGAGCUCUAAAGAGCGAGUUUCUUGUCCGGGAAAACCGCAAGUACUACCUGGACUUGAAGGAGAACCAGCGGGGUAGGUUCCUGCGGAUCCGGCAGACCGUAAACCGCGGACCUGGCUUUGGGGUCGGGGGGCCCGUGGGUGGCAUGCUGGCCGGCCAGACCAUUGCCCUUCCGGCGCAAGGGCUAAUAGAGUUCAGAGACGCCCUGGCUAAGCUCAUAGAUGAUUACGGGGGAGACGACGAGGAGCUGACGGGGGGCACGGCCGCGGGGGGCUUCAGCGAGCUCCCCGAGGGCACCUCCAUCAUGGUGGACUCUAAGCGGUUCUUUUUCGACGUCGGCUCCAACAAAUACGGAGUGUUCCUGCGCGUGAGCGAGGUGAAGCCCAGCUACAGGAACUCUAUCACCAUCCCGUUCAAAGCCUGGGGCAAGUUCGGAGGAGCCUUCAGCAGGUACGCCGAGGAGAUGAAGGAGAUCCAGGAGCGGCAGAGGGACAAGAUGUACGAGAGGAGAGAGGAGUCCGAGGGGGACGACGUGGAUGACGACUGAGCAGGAGAAUUUACAGCAGCUGUUAGUCCAAGCUACACGACAGAUGUGCGACAUUAGGGGUAUUUUUCACUAAAGAAGAAAAAAAAAAGCAGAAGCGACAGAUAAAAAUGCAUGACAAAUCGUGCUGUAAUAGCCUACUAAAAAGUAUUGUGGCGUAAAAAGUA